AUGUCGAAUCCAUCACAACUCCGGUCACUCUACCGCUCGCUCCUACGCGAACUCCCUCCGCGCCCCCUCGCCCCAUCCACGGCCCGGUCUCCCCUACACCAACGGUUGCGCCAGAGCUUCUCGAGCGAUGCGCCGAACGGUAACGCAGUCGCCCAAGCAGAGCAGCUGGUGCAAUACCUGAAGGCGCAACGGCAGUACUCGAUCUUGUUAGAAAGAUACAACCCGGGCAUGAAUAUGGACGACGAGGAAAGAACCAGGUUGAGCGCACGGAGGGUCGGCAUGAAUAUGCCCAAGCAAUACGUGGAGGGAGGGGAGAAAGCUUGA